AUGAGUUUUCUUACCCCGUACCAGCGCAAGCACAAGGUCACGGUGAUCGGCUCAGGAAACUGGGGCACCGCUAUUGCCAAGAUUGUCGCUGAAAAUACCGCUAGCAACCCUGCCAUCUUCGAAAAGGAUGUUCAGAUGUGGGUUUUUGAAGAGAAAGUGGAAGUUCCAAAGACCUCCCCUCAAUAUAACCCAUCUUCGCCCUUGUGCCAGGGUCCCCAGAAGUUAACAGAGAUCAUCAAUAAGACACAUGAGAACGUCAAAUAUCUACCAGGAAUCAACCUUCCUACGAAUCUACACGCCAAUCCCUCAUUAGAGGAUUCCGUCAAGGACAGCACUAUCCUUGUUUUCAAUUUGCCUCAUCAGUUCAUUAUCAAGACUUGUGAGCAGAUUAAGGGCAAGAUUCUGCCAUAUGCGCGUGGUAUCUCUUGCAUCAAGGGUGUUGAUGUGCGGGAAGAUGGAAUCAGCCUUUUCUCAGAAACCAUUGGCAAGAUUCUCGGGAUCUACUGUGGCGCCCUCUCCGGUGCAAACAUCGCUAGCGAGGUUGCCCAGGAGAAGUGGUCUGAGUCAAGCAUUGCUUACGAUCCUCCCCAUCUAGAUUCGAAAGCCCCCUCGCCCAACCGCUCGCCUUCCUCGUCGACCCUGGAUGUGGUUCACUUCACACACAAGGACGUUUCGGGACAACUAUCUCAGGUUAAACUGCAGGCGUUGCCCUCCGAGUAUCCUCCCAUUGACCAUGCUGUCCUGAAGACGCUUUUCCAUCGCCCCUACUUCCAUAUCAGCGUAGUGAGUGAUGUUGCAGGUGUUUCCCUUGGCGGUGCGCUCAAGAAUGUCGUCGCUAUCGCCGCAGGCUGGGUUGAAGGCAUGGGAUGGGGUGACAACGCUAAAGCUGCUGUCAUGCGAGUCGGCCUGUUGGAGAUGGUCAAGUUCGGUGAAAUGUUCUUCGGUGCAACUAUCAAUACUCGCACAUUCACCGAGGAGAGUGCCGGUGUUGCCGACUUGAUCACUAGCUGCAGUGGUGGUCGCAACUUCCGUUGCGCCAAGCUGAGCAUCGAAAGAAAACAGCCGAUCGGAAAGGUCGAAGAGACGGAGCUUAACGGCCAGAAACUCCAGGGCACUUUGACUGCGCUCGAAGUGAAUAAAUUCUUGAAGAACCAAGGCGUUGAAGAGGAAUACCCCUUGUUGACGGCCGUCUAUAGGAUUCUGGAAGGCACUAUGUCUGUUGAGGAUAUUCCUUCUUAUAUUGAGCGGUAA